CGGACGAGCCCGUUGUGAUUUAUUUUUUGCUUGAAAUUCUCAAUGUAAUUUUAUAACAUUCCAUAAAAUUCAGAAUUAUAAAAAUUUUUCCAUUCCAUUCUAACAUUUAUGCGCUUCUCACCAGUUCUUAACCCAUUCCGUUUUCGAACUGUUCAAAGCAACGCCUGACACGUCUCUGUUUUUAUCGACACUAAGUGAGGAAAUAUGGCGCUCGCCUGGAACGACUCCAAAAAGCAUAGUGAUAGAGAAAGGUGGGUCUGCAUUUACCCAAUCUACCUCAACAGCAAAAGAACCCGGGGGGAAGGCAGAAAACUCACGAAAUCAAAAUGUGUUGAAAAUCCAACCCACCAAGAGAUUCGUGACGUUCUCACAGCAGCAGGUCUCAACGUUGGCGUUGAAAACAAACUUCAUCCAAGAGAACGCAGUAAGGAGCUAUUGUUCAGAGGACGUAUACGUGUUCAGCUGAAGGACGACGAUGGUAAGCCAAUGAAGCCGGAGUUCCCGACGAGGGACUCUCUUCUCCUCUAUUUGGGUACUACAAUACCCAAUUUGAAGACGAGACAGGGAAAACCAAACUCUGCUGAACAAACCACUCAGCAAUCGUCGACCUCCUCAAAGAAGGGUAAAGGGAAGGGCAGGAGGUGAAAUGAAUAUCUAAAAAAUAUUAUGUUAAGACGGCUCAACAGUUAUGGUUUACCGUUUCAACGGUGGUGAAUAGCAUAAGGGAAAUUUAAGCGAAUUUCUUGGAUUUUCGUAUUAAAAUAUGGACAAACAUCUCUAAUGAUUUCUCUCCUUUAAUUACACUUCAAUUAUAUCCAUCGAACUUGGGGGGGGGGAUGAGAAAUAGUUGAAACGUUUCGCUGUCACAAUUUAUUCGAUUCAAUCAUACUAAACGGAUCGCACUGAUAUAAACAAUAUAAAAAAAUUAUCAUAUAAAAAAUACAAAAAUAGUAUUACUAUCGUUAAAA